AUGAGAAGCACGAGAAAUGUAUCAUACAUAAUUACACAUAAUAAAGAUGAUCACGGACACCUUUUAGGAAUAAAUUCUUUAGCAUUAGAUACUCGAACCGUAAAUCCCAAAACCGGUAAACCCGAAGGAAUACUUUAUUCAGCUGGACGGGAUGAAAAAGAACCAAUAGUAACUAUUAAUGAUUUAAAAAAACGGGAUGGUGGAAUAAUUCAGCUUAGUGAUGGUGGAAUAGUUCAGCUUAGUGAUGGUAAUAAUAGUAUUCUAUCUAAAAGUGAUGACGAUGAUAAUAUUCCUUUGGAAAAAUUUAGUGAUACUAAAAAAGGUCAUUAUUAUUGGAAAAUUGAUGAAGCUAAUUCUUUUUCGCCACCACGUGCAUCUACGUUUCGUCAGUCAUUCCGAAGCCAUACCGACUGGGUGAAUGAUAUAAUACUUUGUCAUAAUAAUGAAACAUUAAUUUCCGCAUCCUCUGAUCGAACAUUAAAACUCUGGCAUCCUCACAUAUCAAAUAGUCCAACCACCAUCGGAUAUCAUAGUGAUUAUAUAAAAACUUUGGCUCAUGCUCAAGGACCGGGUUGGAUCGCUAGUGGAGGAUUUGAUCGUAAAAUUAUAUUAUGGGAUAUAAAAGAAUGUCGACCAUCAUCAGGAAUUUCUUCAAUUAAUUUAGAUUAUCUGUCAAUAGGAACGAUAUCAGAAGUAUCACCAAAAUCUUCGAUAUACACACUUGCAUGUAAUCCAUCGGGGUCGGUAUUAGUUUCUGGAUCGCCUGACAAAAUUAUUCGUGUUUGGGAUCCACGUUCGUUUAAGCAAAUUACAAGUUUUACUGGACAUACUGACAAUAUAAGAGCUGUUUUAGUUAGUGAUGAUGGUGAAUUAGUAAACACCACAAUUAAAUUAUGGUCACUUCGAACACAACGUUGUAUUAAUACUUUUACCAUUCAUUCAGAUUCUGUUUGGUCUUUAUUUUCUGAUCAUCCUCGAUUAGAAACAUUUUAUGCUGGUAGUAAAGAUGGACUUGUUACUAAAACUGAUUAUAGUGGUUGUGCUGAGAUUCGUGAUGGAGAUUGUGUGGCUGUUUGUAAAGAAGAUGCUGGUGUCAUUAAGCUUGUUGCAUUAGAUAAUAAAUUUGUAUGGACAGCAACAUAUGAUUCUAGUAUAAAAAGAUGGAAAGACGUGUGUAUGCGUCGUAAUCAUAAGAAUUAUAUGUUAUCUUCCUCAUCUACUUCGCCUCCUACAUCUCCAACUUUUCCUUCUACUUCACCUCCAUCAUCACCACCAAUACCUUCAUCUGCGGUGAUAAAACUUACAUCGAAUGGAGGUGUAAAUAUGGAUACUGAAUCCGCUACUAUUACUACAACGGAUGAUCAUAUGGAAGAUCUUGAAGAUCCAAUUCCAGUUGCAUUAAUUCCAAAUUAUAUGUUAAAUAAUCGAAGACAUAUUCUUACUCUUGAUAAUUCAGGGGAAGUUGCUUUAUGGGAUAUAAUUUUGUGUUCACGUUUAAAGACAUUUGGAAAACACAAUAUUGAUGAAGUUUUAUCAAAGAUUAAUACUAUCGAAUCCAUUCCAAAUUGGUGUUCUGUAGAUACUCGGGUGGGGGCUUUAACAGUUCAACUUGACGAGAAAAGUUGUUUUGAUGCAGAAAUGUAUGCAGAUGAAGCUGGAUUACCCGAAGAUGUAGAGAUGCGAGAAGAUCAAAGAAAGAUUCAAAGGCACCAUAAUUUAAUGCAACAAAGGUUACAACAAUCUGAUUUUAGACGAGGAGGAGGUGAUCAACAAGAAAGUAGGACAACUUUAUCACAAAAAAUUUCAUUUCCUCCCGCUACUUUGCAUUCUACCGAUACAAGUAAUAAUAGUAGUACAAUUUAUCAAAAAACAUCUAUUAUAAGUAAUUCAAGUAAUAAUAAUAGCGGUGGUAGUAAUAGUACCCCUACAACACCACCUACUGCUGCUACAAUUCAAUCAAUUAUUAAUUCACCAGGUUCCUUACCAAGAAUUACUCAAUCUCCUACCACACCUGUAGCUGCUUUUACUACGGGUCCAUUUACUGCACCUGCAACUACUGGAACGUCUGCUCAAGAUUAUUUUUCUGUGAAUCAAUCUCCUAGUAGUAGCAGCGGAACAGCAAGUUCAAUAAUGGGAAGAUUUAAAAAUCCUUUUAAUGUUCGUAGUAAAACUCCUCGUUCACCAACGAAUACUGAAAAUAAACAAGAAGCAGAAAAUUUUUCAAGUACUAAUAAUGCUACUAAUAUUAAAGCUGGUGAUUUAAAAUUAACUGUGUCCACUAAUCAAUUAAAAGAUGAAAAUAAUUCACAACCAUUACGAAAGGAUGAUGAAACAAUGGUUAACUCGCCUACCACAAGUUUCGCACCUCAACUCAACCAAAUGUCAGUUAUUGGUGGUUCUCCUUCCUCUCCUUCUUCUCCUUCUCAUAUUCCCACCCGUCAAAUGAAAUCUAUCAUUGUACCCCCUUUUGUCCAAUUUCCUGUACAAGAAACUCCCGAAAUUCAAAUUCCACCUCACACCAUCAUUAUAAUAUCAGAAGAAACUCCCGAAGCUUCCGCCUGUGUAGAUUUAUAUCGAGGAACUGUUGAUUCAUUGGAUAGAGAUGCCGAAAUCGUUGAACAAAAAGCUCCAGAUUGGCUAAUCGAAUUCUUAAUCAAAGGCAGGACUACUCAAAAAGAACCAUUCAAGAUUGGUUUUUUAUUAAAACCACACGAAGGUUCUGAACUUGAUGAUCUUCCGAAUGGCUAA